AUGGGUUUGAUGCAUGUGGUAGCCAUUGCGAUGAUAGCGCUCAGUUUGAGCCAUUCAUCAAUGCUGGUAUCAGGACUUUAYUACAAAGAAAUUCAUGUGUCGUUGAUCAACAUGUUGGAGCCUGGGAAGAACCUCCACGUUCACUGCAAAUCGAAGGAUGACGAUUUGGGUGAUCACUUCAUCGGUUAUAAUCAGAACUACACUUGGGGUUUUCAUGACAACCUUUUCAGCAGCACACUCUACUGGUGUGGGAUGGAUUGGACAAGGACAGGAGGGUCUACUGUAAGCGGUAGCUUCGAAAUAUACCAUGCAAGAAGGGAUAUAUAUCGAUGCAGCAGUUUCUGUGUCUGGGCAAUCAGGGAAGAUGGCCUUUAUUCUUACAAUAGGGRUACGGAUGAUUGGGAAUUUUUCUUCAAUUGGCCUUCGAUUAGUAAAGGGGCCGACAUGAAGCCAUAA